AGUUUCAGUUGAAAGACAGAAACGGCGGCUUGAUUCGAGGUCAGUUUAGUCCGCGCACGAGUCGAAAUAAGCUGAGCUUUCGUUCUGACAUCGUCGUAACAAUCGGGACGAAUCGCGACACGAACGUAUAACGAUGAUCUUUCGCUCGUAUCGGACGGUGGAACGGUGAGAAUCAACCGGUAACCGAGAUUCUGUUCGCUCGAGAGUCGGGAUAAACGAACGGCGGAGUCUAGUGUCGAGUAAAACGUAUGCUGUACAAUAUCGGUGACGGAAGAGGUUAGGCGUAUAGGAAGGGAAGGAAGAAGGGACUGUGAGAUCGUUGGCUUCGUCGAGUGUCGAAGAGCUAGUGUUCAUUGUGCCUCACCAACGGUUUACCUCGACCAGCGCCAUCGUGACGAGACAGCAUCGACAUGGAGGAUACGGAAGCGGAAUAGUGUCGUUGAGAUGCCGUGAAGCAGUUCCCGAGACAUGAAGAGAGCGCGAUCGUGGGCCGCGUGGGUUUCUCUGAGUCCGAUUCUCCGGGACCGACGAUAGCAGAGCCUCGAUCAAAAUGAGCAUUCUAAACGCGGAUUCGGAGAACCGCGUGACCCUGAACGUGGGCGGUAUCCGGCACGAGACGUACAAGGCGACCCUCAAGAAGAUCCCCGCGACCAGGCUGUCCAAGUUGACCGAGGCUCUGGCCAAUUACGACCCGGUCUUGAACGAGUACUUCUUCGACAGGCAUCCGGGUGUCUUCGCCCAGGUGCUCAAUUACUAUCGCACGGGGAAGCUCCAUUAUCCGACCGAUGUGUGCGGCCCGUUGUUCGAGGAGGAGCUUGACUUUUGGGGCCUCGACUCCAAUCAGGUGGAGCCCUGUUGCUGGAUGACGUACACCCAGCAUCGGGACACGCAGGAAACGCUGACAGUCCUCGACAGGUUGGACCUCGAUACAGAGAAGCCCACCGACGAGGAACUGGCAAGGAAGUUCGGUUUCGAGGAGGCGUAUUACGAGGGCACCCUCACGUGGUGGCAAAAGCUCAAGCCCCAGAUGUGGUCGCUCUUCGAUGAACCGUACUCCUCCCUUGGAGCCAAGGUGAUCAGCAUAGUCUCGGUCCUGUUCAUCUGCAUCUCCAUCCUGUCGUUCUGCCUGAAGACGCAUCCGGACAUGCGCGUGCCGGUGAUCGUGAACCGUUCCGUGAACACCGGGAACGGGAGCUCAUGGGCGGUGGACAAAACGCACACGAACGCUCACGACUUCUUUUUCUACAUCGAGUGCGUGUGCAACGCCUGGUUCACCCUCGAGUUCCUAAUACGUAUCACGGCAAGCCCGAACCGUUGCGUGUUCAUCAAGAGCUCGGUGAACCUGAUCGACAUGGUGGCCACGCUGAGCUUCUACCUCGACCUGGCCCUCCAACGCUUCGCGUCCCACCUCGAGAACGCGGACAUCCUCGAGUUCUUGAGCAUAAUACGUAUCAUGAGGCUGUUCAAGCUCACCCGCCACUCGUCCGGCCUCAAGAUCCUCAUCCAAACGUUCCGCGCAUCCGCCAAAGAGUUGACCCUUCUCGUCUUCUUCCUGGUCCUCGGCAUCGUCAUAUUCGCAAGCCUGGUUUACUACGCGGAACGCACCCAGUACAACCCGAAGAACGACUUCAAGAGCAUACCGCUCGGCCUGUGGUGGGCCCUCGUAACGAUGACCACGGUCGGUUACGGGGACAUGGUGCCCAAGACGUACGUGGGCAUGUUCGUGGGCGCCCUCUGCGCCCUGGCCGGUGUACUGACCAUCGCCCUGCCGGUGCCCGUGAUCGUCAGCAACUUUGCGAUGUAUUACAGUCACACGCAGGCGCGAGCCAAGCUGCCCAAGAAGAGGCGCCGCGUACUCCCGGUCGAGCAGCCGAGGGUGAGGAGCGCGCCGUUGGGCGGAGGCGGGGUGGUUCCGGGCGGCCAGGGGCCGCCGGCCUACACCCAGCAGCACAUGCACCCGGGCGGGCCCGCGGCGGGGCCCGGCGGCCUCGCCCCAGGCCACGGACAGACGCCCGGGAUCGGGUGCAUAGGCGGUCAGGGGCCCCAGAACAGACGGAUGAACGCCAUCAAGACCAAUCAUCCCAAGGACGUUUCGUUCGCCGCGAAAACAGCCUUAACAAUGAAGGACAUUGAAAUAAUCGCACAAGAGCGUAGAGAUAAAGGAGAAAAAGAACGAAUGUUUGAACCAACCACCGCUCCAAAAAUUCGUCGUUUCUAUAAAAAAAAAUAAAUUGUUCCUGUAUCGAAUAUUUAUCGAACAAAUGAACGUGUAAAAAAUCUACGAAUAAAAAUCAAAUAUUAUCGGAUAUCCAAGCAGUUAAAAGUUUUCUAAAAGUAAUUUGAGAACUGAAUUUAAAAGUAAAAAAGAAAGAAAAAAAAUAUAAAAAUAAUAAAGAAGGAGCGGUUUGAUUGAUCAAACGAAUUCAACACGAGUCUAUUCAACAAAUCUGACAUGGUCAUCAAGGAUGCAUUAAACUACGAGUCAAACGAGUUUGUUCGACAAACACAUUCACCGAGUGAACAUUGAACAAAUUCAUUGGCCGCGAUCCAAUCCGCGUCCACAAGUCACAGAAUCUCAUAUGUUAAACAAAUUCGACGUGAAAUCAAACAUGGGAUCGAACACGACUCGGCGGAUGUUGCAACGUUAAAGAGGCCUCACUCCGGGGAUCAGUGUGUUGAGAACACAUCCCUCGACACAAACCCCUCGAAUCGAACGAUACAUAACACAAGCCACAGGAAACAGAAACGAAGCGAGCGUCAAAUAUUCAUCGAACGAACCGAUAAACGUGGAUAAAUUGAAAGCUCAAAAAAGAGGUGACCAAUGAUGCAGAGUCGAUCCAGAGUUGCCUCGCAACUCUGUUCUACGUUGUACGAUCUCUACCUCUUCGGAUCGAAAUGAUUCCCGAUCGAAAAAAUACGAAAGGAAAGAGAGGAAAAAUAUAAAAACCGCCUAUUCUUCUAAAAAAAAAAAAAAAAAAAAAAGGAAAAAAAGAAAAAAACAGUAUACAUAUCAUCGCGUCGCAUUGAAAGAGGAAAAGAUAAGGAGAGAGUUUCGUUAAAAUUCUCGAACCGAGUUCUCGAUAAAAGGAAAGCAAGUUUAUAAAAACGCGAGAAGAAAGAAAGAAAAUAGGGGAGAAAGGAAGGAAGAUAAGGAAAGGAGAGAGAGAGAGAGAGAGAGAGAGGGAGGAGGAAAAAGAAAAAAAGAGGAGAGAAAGUUAGCACGAGUUAUCGUGGUACGGUAUCGGGAGGGGAAGAGAAACAUGUGCCGUACUCGUAAAGGACUCUGUGCAAAAAAAAGCAUAAACACACGCACAUACACACACAUAUCUGAAUCGUACCAAUACACGCGAGAGCCGUAUUAUACACGCAUCGCAUACCACACAUGCACACGUAUACCUACACACGUAUACCUACGCCACGUUCGUUGACCAUCACCGCCCUUUUACACGGUUUUAUCGGUCCUUUUGACUUUCGUAGAUAGAGCUACGACUUUUUCUUACACACGCGCCAUCAGACGUCGACGGCUUCCUCUGCCCGAGAUUAUUCGUUAUUGCAAGGGCUACACAGGGAGGAGGAGGUGGUCGUCGAGGUUUCAAUCACGAUUAUUGCUAAUCUCUUGUUAUUAUUAUUAUUAUCAAUAGAGAUGGGUCGUAAACUGAUUUUUAGAUUCGAAAUUCUGAAAAAAAGAUUCUGAAAUUUGAAAACUCUCGAAACCUAGAACGAAUUGCUCUUUCCUUUUCUCUUUUUUUUCCAUUUCCUUGGCGUGAGAAUACAUAUUUUCGGAUAUACAUUUUGUUAUCGCGAAUUUGGUUGGAAAAUUUUGUUUUCCUUUGAAAUUUUCGAUCUGGCUCGAUCAAUGAUGACGAUUUUUUUAUAAAAAAAAAUUACCAACUUCGUGCUAUUAUUGAAUCGAAUAGAAAAAAAGAAUUUUUUUCUCACAAAAAAUUAUCCUUCAUCCAGGUUUCGACAGUUUCGAAAAAAUUAACAAAAAGUUUCGACGUUCGCGAGAAGCUUUUUGGGCAUCGAAAAAUUUCGAGAUUUCGAGUGUUCCAUCCCUAAAUUAUUACUUAUCAUUACGGUUACAUAUACUUAAUGGACGAAAGGAAAAGAAAAAGAAAUAAAAAAAAAAUAAUAAAAAAAAAAAAGAAAAAACCAAAAGAACGAAGACGAAGAUGAUGAAGAAUAAGUUUUGGACGAGAUUUAAGUAAUAAUCACCGAGAGAAAUGAUGAUGAUGAUGAUAAGGAGCUCGUAACGUCACGCCAUUAUUAUGGUCAGGGGCAUUGGCGUUCCUUUCGGAAAUUCCGGCGUGACGUCACUUUCAUUAUUAUUGUAUUUAAUAAGCAUUAUAAUUUAUUCUUGUAACAUCAUUAUCGUUAUCGCUGCGAUUCCCCGUGAUCAUCGUCGGCUCCUUCCGCGUCAGUUCGAAGAGGGAUCGUUGGACGAUCCGGAAAGAUCGAUCAAUAGGGGAAGAAAAAAAAACCAAUAAUACAUUUGCAUGCGAGAAAUGGAAAUACAAAGAGUGAUUCGAAAUUUGAACGUGUAUUUUUGGCUCUUGAACUGCGGCGUGUCGUGGCCGACGAUCGUGACGCGUGAUCGAGAGAAAACGAAGGCGAAAAUGGAAAUCGAAAAAAGAAAAAAGAAAAAAAAAGCGAAAUUAUAUAUAUCUAUUAUUGUAUCGAGAGUUGUGCGCUGCGUUUGCGAUUUAAGCUAGUUCGUUUGUAAAUAAAGACUAUUUAACUCUUUGA